AGUUGAAGCAGCCAUGAAGGUCCACACAUUGGGGUCAUGGGAGCAAGUCCCCUCCUCCCCUUCCACCUCCUCCUCCCUCUCCUCUUCCUCGGCCAACAACCCCAAGCGCCUCCGUCCGCUCGCACCGAGGCUCACCUCUGCUGCAGUCCCUACGACGGUGGCAACGGAGAUCUCUGCCCCUCCUAAGUUGAGAAAGAGCUUCAGUUCUCCCAUGACCGCCAAAUGCGCCUCCAUAGACUUAGAUGUCUCUCUGAUACAGAUGCAGUCAGGGGGAACGCGGUGGAACCCGACGCCGGAGCAAAUAAAGCUACUGGAGGCACUGUACCAGGGCGGCUUGCGGACACCAAACCCGGUUCAGAUCGAGCGCAUCACCGCGGAGCUCGGCAAGUACGGGAGGAUCGAGGGCAAGAACGUGUUCUACUGGUUUCAGAACCACAAGGCACGCGAGCGCCAGAAGCAGAAACGCAGCGAGCUCGUCGCCCUUGCGGCUAGCGCCGCUCCUCUUCCCCAUCCCGAAAUAGAAGAGACGAAGGAGUUCCAUGGCGGGAGCUGCAAGCGCAAGUGCAGGAGCUGGGGCAGUCUCGAGCUGGACGUGGAAGAGGAGGGGCCCGGCGACCGGACCUUAGAGCUUUUCCCGUUGCACCCAGAGCGGAAGCAGAUGUGAUGGUUGCCACAGAAACAUGAGACUGUGGUUCCCUGUCUUCUUUAAUCUUCAGCUUCUGUGAAGGGGUGGCUGUCUCUUUCCCCUCAUGUUGAGCCACAUCUGUGUCGUUCUUCUUUGGAAGUCCACAGACUCUUUUCCCCCAUCACUGUCCUCCCUAAAGCAACCGCGAAAUUGAACGCCUUUUUCUUUUGUCAACUACAGUUGGCGGAGGAGACCUGAGAGCGUGCUUUCCUGCCUUUUCGUGCUGCGCUUUUCCGAGACUAACAGCCACCACAUUGCUUCUCUUUUGUUUCGAUGCGAACUCUCGCACUGGAGGGCGGCCUGCGUGCAUGCUUUCAUGUCCGUCGUCACCAGCAAGUGGCUGUCAGAUAACCUCAGCUGCUCGUCGCAACCAGCAGCAUGCAUCGACAUGGUAGCUUGCUGUUGUUAGCUAGCGAUAGUUGGGGACAUGAGAGUAGCACUGCUGCUGAGCUUUCUGGGACGGUGAAGAGCAAGAGCAUGCAGCGGCUCCUCCACCUUAGUGUUUCUGACACCUGAAAGAAAUGCCCACCUGAGAAGGGCACUACACCAGUAAGUGCGCCAGUCCUGUCAAUGACACUCCGGAACUGGCGAUCCUCGUUCCGUUCCUUGCUUUAUGCCCAUCACCAUGUCUUCUUUGGACGACCACCAUAGCUGGGGACGGUGGUGCAAAUCCAUACACAAUCCAUCGGCACAGCUGCUGCUGCCUGUCACAGCCUUUUUGACGGUCUCCUCGCUUGACUCACCGGCGACGUGGCACGCCCCGGUUCGUCCGGCCAAACCAGGCCCACCUCGGGAUCGACGAGACGGGCCCGGUCGGCCGACCACCAUCGGUUAGGCAUGGACAUGGUGAGCCCAACCCUGGCGUGAGCGUGCGCAAGGCACACUCAAAAGGCCAUCAUAUGGUAGGGGUUUCAGCUACAAAGGCAGUAGUGAUAUGGAAUGGAGUGUUUGUGGCCGAAGAUGUUGCACAAAGCAGUACUAUGUAGCUUUAUCUCUUGGCCUGUGAUUAGUAAUGGAAUGGAGAUAAAA